AAGUCAAAGGCAAAGACAGAUGGAAAGCAAGUUCCACGAACUACUCCGAUCUUAAUUACCGAUGGGCAUUUGCCGAGGAUCCAAGCCUUCGCGGGUAAGAAGUCACAUCUUCACUCCGCUCAACUCACUUACGCAUUUGUAGUUCAUAGCUGGGCUCCGCCGAACUCUGGUGAAGUGUGCUUCCGUGGGUACCACGUUUUCAAUCAGAAGACAGCAGGCAAAAGGGCUUUUCACUAUACUUAUAUGGGGAACUCUUUCAGUGCUAACCCCGUGCGGUUACUUACUACCUUCCUCGGAAAAGAAGAAACAUCACUUUGA